UCUUUCCGCAUGGUGUCCAUAUUAUCCUUCAGUAGUUUUACUAUUAUUAUACUUUUAUAGUAUUAGUUGUGUUGAUGGCGUUUUUAAUUGGGGCAUACCCUAAAUAUUUUGACUGUCAGUACAAGUACCCUUAAAAUUUUAAUUUAAACAGAGUAAAUUUUUAGCGUGGUUACGACAAACGUAACAAACUUGCAAAUACUUUCACUAUCAGUAUCAUAUUGAAAGCAUAAGGUUGGGCGAAAGCCCCAGGACAAUCUAUUGCAUUAACUUGAGUUUGAGUUUAGAAUUUUAAGGCCUAUUUUAUUUAUGUCCAAAAUCUCUGUUCCAGCAGCUUUACUAGUCCCAAGAUACAACAAGUUAUGUAAUUAUCAAAUACAUAUCCAGAUUCCCAAUGAAAUAUAUAGAGGAAAUAGAAAAAAAUAUUUUUACACCAAAAGUUAUCACGGAAAUAAGACAUCCAAAAACAUUCAUGAAAUAAAGGAAUGUCAGAAGCUUCUUGGAGUAACAGACAAUUGUACUGAAGAAGAAUUAAAAAAUGCUUUUCUAAGCCUUGCCAAGCAGUACCAUCCAGACUCCAGAAACCAAACAGCGGAUUCACAAAAGUUUGCUCAUGUUCAAUCAGCAUACAGGAAACUGCAAGAAUACAUGGGCAACUUAUCUGAAGAUAACACAAGUGAAGUCCUUGAAAAGAAUUUUGGAAUAAAACACACUGUCCCACAGCACAGACAGUACCUAAAUUAUGAAGGAGUAGGAUAUGGUACUUUAAGUCAAAGGGAGCAGCAAUACCAAAAGUACAAGAUGACUCGAGCUGUUGACCAAGUACAUGAGUAUCGAUAUCAGAAGUUGGCAAGCAAAUAUGAAAACUCAUUAAUGUUAAAAGAUGCAGCUUUAACAAGACAAUUCAAAACAAGUCAAGCAAUGGAAAGAGUAGUUGAAGAUCUGAUACAGAAAUCAAUGUCUAAAGGAGAAUUUAACAAUCUUCCUGGAAGUGGUAAACCUUUUAAAUAUGUUCCUGAAAAUCCGUAUGUAGAUAGAAUGACUCAUAAACUAAAUCAGAUCCUUAUUAAUAAUGGAUUUACUCCAGAAUGGAUUGUUUUGGAGAAAGAAGUCAGAGAAGAUAGAGAAAAACUUUUCCAGCAGAUGGCAGUACAGAGGGCAAGCCUUGGGCCUUUACCUCUGAGUGAAGAAGAAGAGAAUCACUGGCAAAUGAUUUUGGAUAAUCUAAAGCAAAAAGAAAAAGAUCUGAAUGUCAAAAUUGAUAAAUUUAAUAUAAUAGUUCCAGCCCUCAAAAAACAACAGUUGAGAGUUAGGCUGUCUAAGAUGGCACAAGAGGUUUUAGAGAAUGGAAAAACUAAAGAAGAUAAGCAAACAAAAACACAGAUUUCAACAACAAAAACUGGUGGUGGCUUUCCUGACAAUGGCGAAGGGCUCAUUGGGUUCCUUUGCAAUAUAUUUCAAACAAAAUAACAUACAUGUUAACUCCUACUUUUAAAACUAGUUAACCAUUAAAGAUUUAAGUUUUUAAAAAUAAAGCUUUUAAUUUUGUUCAUGAAAGA